AAGCGCGUGAGACGGAUAUAUACCCCCCGAGUUAAAAAAAACAUGAAUCGGAUGAAGCCAAACUCAUAUAGAAGACAUCAAAAUAAAGGCGCACUUGUCACCGUACAUUUUUCCCUUUUUGUCCACUCGCCGGUGACGGAACCUCCCUCAAACAGGCCGCGCGUGCCGUUCCAACACAAUUAAUUUAUAGCUCAGCCAUCACGGGAUUGUGGCUGAAUUUCAUGAGUUCGCUUCUGAUUAUAACUUAAACAGGUGACUGAAGAAUCUGAGCUGGUUUCUAAUAGCUUAUAUUGAAGUAGGUGUUCACUAAACACAAGCCAAAAAUGGAAGCAAGACCAGCUUUAUCUAUUCAAAGAUCAGGUGGCAGACAGAUUAGUAGCUUUGGGGCCUCUGCAGCACUCUCUCCUUCAUUUCCUGCUCGUCCAGCUGCUCUGCAAGAGUCGUCUCCGAAAUUUUCCGACUCCCAGUACAUUUCCGUAGAGAGGGAACUCAUGCAUCGUCAGCCAGCUCCAUUGUCUUCCAACAAUGGGGUUGUUGGGCAUAUAUUUUCUUCUUCUUCAGGAUUUUCUACCAAUCUUCAUUUUUCAACUAUAGAACAACAAGAGAGACAUCCAAGGCAACCCCCCUUCAUUUCUCAAUCAACAAGUAGCGGGAAGUCGGUUAUGUUAGCACAUCCUGUUGAUUCUCGGGUUCUUCAAUCCACUGCAUCAAGUCAGUUUAACAAAGAAAACAAUGAUUCGUGGUGCACGGAAACAUUGCCCGAUUUUCUUGAUUUUCCAAUGAAUACCACAAUCCUGAAUAAUGAACUAGAUGUUAGUACCAAUGGUGGCAUUCCCGUUCCCUCCGAGGAUCUCGGUAAACCAAGUGAUUGGCAGGAUUGGGCCGAUCAGCUUAUUACUGAUAAUGAUGCUUUGGCUACUGAUUGGAAUGGGAUUCUUGCUGAUGCAACUGUUGCAGAUCCAGCACCAAAGCCAUCGUAUCAGAUUUCUGAACAGUCACCAAAUAUCUCCAUGAAUCAGUCUCAGAUAUCCCUACACCUCCCCGGCACACCUGGAGAAAUUUGUACCAGUGGCGGUCAAUCAUCAUCUGCAAAUGCUGCUCCAGCAAAGCAGCGCAUGCGUUGGACGCCAGAACUUCAUGAGGCAUUUGUCGAAGCAGUCAACAAGCUUGGUGGCAGUGAAAGAGCUACUCCCAAGGGUGUCCUGAAACAAAUGAAAGUUGAUGGGUUGACCAUUUAUCAUGUGAAAAGCCACUUGCAGAAGUAUCGGACGGCUAGAUUCAAACCAGAGACACCAGAAGAAUCUUCAGAGAAAAAACUUGCCUCCAUUGAAGAUUUAUCAUCCUUGGACUUAAAAACGGGUAUUGAGAUCACUGAAGCACUGCGAUUGCAGAUGGAAGUUCAGAAGCGGCUUCAUGAACAACUUGAGAUUCAAAGAAAUCUACAGCUUCGAAUAGAAGAACAGGGGAGAUAUCUUCAGAUGAUGUUCGAGAAGCAGUGCAAGUCAGGAGUUGACUUGAUCAAGGGCGGAGCCUCUUCCACGAGUGAGAACGCUCUUAAAGAGUUGGCAGAUGCAGUGCAAAAUUCUUGCGCCAAAGAUAAUUUACUAGUAGAAGCUGAGAAUAAUGAAACGAAAGGCGAAACUGCCAAAACAUCGGGAGAAACUUCUCAGCUAGUGGGGGAGAAACAAAAAGCAGUCGAGGCUGUAGUUCUUGAAAAUCCCGAGCCGAGUGCUGGUGAAAAAUCUGAGUCACCGCCAACAAAGCGUGCGAAAGUGGACGAGUAAGGUCGUCUUUUUGGUUCCUAUCAAAGACUCUACAGAGAAAACGGUUCACCAGUUCUCGAGUAGGGCUAGAAGAGUAAGCUCACAAAGGAGCUGUGAAAUUCUGUCUUUCCCCUCAAUAUUUUUUCGUUGAUAAGCAAUGUUUGAAUGUUAGAGUGUCACAACUCACAAACUUGUUGAAUUUUCGUUCGAGAUUUGUAGUCUUCUGACGUAGGCAUCGUCACAUGUAUUGUGGAAAAUUUGAUUCGAACAUGACACCCACCUUUCCGGCCCCACCGAAUUCCUCCAUCUUUUGAAGCUUUGUACAAAUGUUUAGAAUCUAUGAUUCAAUAAUUUGGGGAUCUGUGAAAAUUGCGAAAAUUAUGUCU